UAUAUUUGCUCAUUUGGGUUCUUGAAUGAAUUGACAUUGUGUGUUUCAUUAUCUAACCUGAGUUUUUGAUUUGAAGAUCUGAGUUUGUGUUGAAUUUUGGAGAUGGGAACCUCAGAGGAUAGAGUCGUUGCUGUGAUCAUGGUGGGCGGUCCCACGAAAGGUACCCGAUUCCGGCCCCUGUCACUGAAUAUUCCUAAGCCUCUUUUUCCUUUAGCUGGAGAGCCAAUGGUCCAUCAUCCGAUUUCUGCUUGUAAAAGAAUUCCAAACCUUGCACAGAUCUAUCUUGUUGGAUUCUAUGAGGAGCGUGAAUUUGCAUUGUAUGUUUCCUCAAUCUCAAAUGAGCUUAAGGUCCCUGUCAGAUAUUUGAGGGAAGACAAGCCUCAUGGUUCAGCUGGUGCGCUUUAUAACUUCAGAGAUCUGAUCAUGGAAGAUAGCCCGUCUCAUAUCUUCCUGCUGAACUGCGAUGUUUGCUGCAGUUUUCCACUGCCAGAAAUGCUUGAUGCUCACAAAAGAUAUGGUGGCAUGGGAACUAUACUAGUCAUCAGGGUUUCUGCUGAGUCAGCCAGCCAGUUCGGUGAAUUAGUUGCUGAUCCAGUUACCAAUGAAUUGUUGCAUUACACAGAGAAACCUGAAACUUUUGUAAGUGACCGCAUAAAUUGUGGUGUGUACGUAUUUACAUCAGAUAUCUUUACUGCCAUCCAGGGUGUUUCAUCACAACUGAAACACAGAGAAAAUCUGAGACGUGUAUCCAGCUUUGAAGCACUUCAGUCAGCUACGAGGAGCUUUCCAACAGAUUUUGUUAGAUUGGACCAAGAUAUCCUGUCACCUCUUGCAGGAAAGAAGCAGUUAUAUACAUACGAGACCAUGGAUUUCUGGGAACAAAUUAAAACUCCUGGAAUGUCACUGAAAUGUUCUGGCUUGUAUCUUUCCCAAUUCCGGCGCACUUCUCCCCAUGUUUUGGCUAGUGGAGAUGGUACCAAAAAUGCCACCAUUAUCGGUGAUGUGUAUGUUCAUCCAUCAGCAAAAGUACAUCAAACAGCUAAGAUUGGUCCCAAUGUCUCAAUAUCUGCUAAUGCUCGUAUAGGAGCAGGAGUUAGGCUCAUAAGUUGUAUCAUCCUAGACGGAGUUGAAAUCAUGGAAAAUGCAGUCGUCACGAAUGCAAUUGUCGGGUGGAAAUCUUCAAUUGGGCGAUGGUCCCGUGUCCAGGCUCAAGGAGAUUACAAUGCUAAACUCGGGAUUACAAUCCUUGGUGAAGCUGUGUCUGUUGAAGAUGAAGUUGUGGUGACCAACAGCAUUGUCCUUCCAAACAAGACACUCAAUGUCAGUGUUCUAGAGGAAAUCAUUCUUUAAUAGAGAUGAACACAU